AUGUGGCACAUCCACGAGUAUGAGGUGAAGAGCGACGUCCUUUUCCUUCCCGGCAUCAUUGGUCCGGUUGAGCGGCAAGAUCGGGAGAAAGCGCCGAAAACUUACGGGAAGACGAUUCACUUUUUUGGCAGCAGACUUCAAAACCCAUUUGUUGGGGCAGCUUUCCAAUCUUCCUUAAAGCCAAGAAACGUGAACUGUUUGGGUUAUCUUGGAAACAAAUUUCCCAUAAAACCUCGGUAUGAUAUCAUUCCACGUGCCAAGAAAAACGACUGGAUAUCUCACGGGAUUAGGUUCUCACAAUCAUUCGGGGAAAAUGUUGAGAUUUUAUGGAAGAAUAUGGGAUUAAGAAGUGGGUUUGUGGUGAAGUCUGUGAAAGAGCCUUUCACUAGAAGCAAAGCUAUAGUUAGGUCAUUAUCCAUAGUCUGGGAGGAAGGUUUGCUUCUAUUCCAGUGUUCUGUUUUCUAUGAUGUGAUAUCUGGGCUUGAGGAGUUCCGUAAAAAGAAAGCAGCAGCUAAAAAAGCUGCAUCCAGUAAUUCUGUUAAUGGAGACUUACAUGAAGUAAAAACUUCAGUUGCUGAUGCUAUAAACACUUUCAAUAAACCUUCUACAAAUAAUAAUCCAGAGGAGGAUAAUAAUCAUAGCAAUUUGAAUCAUUACAGUAAUAUAGGUGCAUUGUUAGGGACAUAUGAAGAUAACACAUUUAAAUCCGAGUCAAAGAAGCCUCAUCUCAAGUCAAUUGGCUCUCUUAACCUUGGAGGGGUAUCAGCGGAAGAAGCUGAAAAGAUUGCUUCAACAAUCCAUUGUGAUAAGUUAUCUGAUAUAGGUUCCGAGUAUGAAGGGUUUUUGAUUGACACAGCUGAUAAGCAACCUUGCAUUGGUAUGGGCAGUGGCGGAUCUAGUGUAGAAGAAGUGGGGUGCAUGGACCCCACUUAA